UUUUUUUUCUUAGCGUAGUCUAAUUUUUUUCUGGAAUCUAUAAAAUUCGACUCUUGGCUUGGAUCCAUUGUGCUUCUUUUUUCCUACUCUUUUAUUUACCAUUUGUGUUUUUCCAUUUCUCUUUUUCUUUUUUCUUGCUUUAAACAAAAUAUAUAUCAACGGCAAUGUCUCAUACAGAAACUCGUACAUUUUGUCCUCUUGUUCUUUUCCAUGACUACCCUUCGAAUCGCUUAACACUGCCAUGGCAAAGCAAUCAAUACCGGGGAUUGAUUAACGAACACCGGGCAAAAACCACCGAAAUGCUGGAACAAAACGCGCAGUUGUGGUGGUGGAAACGACAAAAUACAGCUUCCCUUUUCUCAUUUAAAACUUCAGUUUUAAGAGAACUGUUCCCAGCGAAUUUUUCCAAUGAUUUUCGUACGAGCGACGUAUUACCCGACAUUAGCACCAGCUCGACUACCAAUAGCAGUUCUUCAUCGGGCGACAGUUUGUCAACGACGUUGACUUCGCCCACCAUUACGCCACUGGAACCACUCACACGAACCUCGACUCCGCCACCGCUGUAUCAUAGUAAAAUAAGCGCUCAAGAAAAAAUCAUGCAUUUGCAUCACGAACCCUCUGCAUUUUGUCGCACACUCUCAUUGUCGCCACCGUUAUCUAUCACUGAUAUAUCUGCCGGCAUCACCGAAUCUGCCGCCAAAGUGUCCAUCAGAAGUGACGCUGACCCUCCUGUCAGUAUUACCACCACCAGCAACAAUAGCAACAGCAGUGGCGGCCUCCUGCCGUCCGAUUCGACGGCCAAACAGAAGCGUCGUCGCGGCAACCUUCCAAAGGAUGUGACUGAGUUUCUUAAACGCUGGCUGGUUCAACAUAAAAAGCAUCCUUAUCCGACGGAAAAAGAGAAAAUGGACCUUGCCUAUCGCACAGGUCUUACCGUCAAUCAAAUCAGCAACUGGUUUAUCAACGCCCGACGACGCAUCUUACAACCUAUGCUUGAAUCGGAAAACCAGCGCCAAGCAUUGGAUACAUCGGCUUACUAUGAGCUGAUUGCAUUAGAAGAAAAACGUCGAAGGCAAUUCGACGCGUAUGCCCAUCAAGGGUUUGCAGGUAUAAAUGAGAAACCGUUUUCUUGGCUGGGCUGAUAGACAAAAACUAAGCCUAUUUUUGCCUUGGUGAUCAGAAACCUAUCAUGAACACGCUAACCGCUGGACUUUCCGACGAACGAAAUUGCCUACACUUGAAAUCUGUGAAAAAGAUCCUUAUUCCGUUCAUCUUCCAUAAGCUCUGAUGAUUAUUCUAUCUUUCUACUAACUUAUUAUGCAACUUUUUUUCCGAUAUUUAUGAUUGCUCUGUAAUGAAUUUUUGGUAAUGUUUUUGUUUUCUACUUUCGUUUCAAUCACGGUGAUUCUUGAAAGAAACAAAAAAAAAAAAAAAAAAAACUUGUUUAUGCACCUUUUCCCUUAACUCUUUCACUGUUCUCUCCACCCCCCGCAUUGUGCACCG